AUGUGGCUCAUCAAUACCACCACGCUCGCAUUACAUGAAUUUCUUCCAGAGACCACACCUCCUUAUGGCAUCCUUUCACAUCGCUGGGAAUCUGUCGAACAAGAGGUUUCCUUUAAAGAAUUCCGGAAAAGCCGUGGCCAAGACACGAAAGGGUACAUGAAGAUUGAGAACUUCUGCAAAUUACUGCAGGAACAUGAUAUCGAUUGGGCGUGGGUCGACACAUGCUGCAUCGAUAAACGAUCCAGCGCCGAGAUCUCUGAGGCCAUCAACUCCAUGUACCGCUACUACAAAAAUGCGUCCACCUGCUACGUCUACCUUAAAGACGCAUCAUGCGGGGAGAACGACUGGUUACGCAGUGAAUGGUGGCGUCGCGGCUGGACAUUGCAGGAACUCGUCGCUGCGUCCCCGGUAUUCUUCUACGAUUGCAACUGGAAGUACAUCAGCUCGAAGCACAGCGCUCGGGAAACCAUAGCACAAUGCACCCGUAUUCCUGAGGACAUUUUGAGCGGGCAGUGCCGGCCGCGGGUCUACACUGCAGCGCAGAAGAUGUCGUGGGCUAGCUGUAGAGAAACGACCCGUGUCGAGGACAUGGCCUAUUGCAUGCUUGGGUUGUUUGACAUCAAUAUGCCCCUCCUGUAUGGAGAGGGUGAGAACGCAUUUCGGAGACUGCAACUCGAGAUCUUGCAAAAGGACGCGGACGAAUCACUGUUUGCGUGGAAUUCGACGCUUCCUAACAGUGGCGAAGUUUUGGCACUACUGCCGGCGAGAAAGGUGUAG